CUCAAUCCUACGUGCUAUGAUUUAUUUUAGAUAAACAAAAUCAGUGAUUAGUCGAAAAAGUAGUUAAAAUAUUCUCUUUAGGUGUAUUCCAGAUUUACACCGUCUUGUUACUCGGACUUGAACAUUGAGUAUUUUCGUUUCAAUACACCACCGCUCCCCCGUUUCAAUAAAUGGUACAGUCUCUAAUGGAUGCCGCUUCUCGGAGUUCUCCAUAACCGAGAAAAUGAGCGAACUGAAGGACUGCCCGCCGCUCAAAUACUACGACUUCAAGCCUGUGGAGCACGUGAAAGUGUGUCCUCGCUACACGGCGGUGUUGGGCCGCUCGGAGGACGAUGGCAUCGGGAUCGAGGAGUUGGAUACGCUGCAGCUGGAGCUGGAGACGCUGCUGUCUUCGGCCAGCCGACGUCUCCGAGCGCUGGAAGAACAGAGACAGAUACUUACAGAUUGGCAGGACAAAAAAGGCGACAAAAGGUUCCUGAAGAUGGGGAAAGAAGUGGAUCCGGCCGCGUCCUCUCGUCAUCCCAAGCCUAAGAAGCCAAAGCUAGAAGGGAAGGCGGGUCACGGGCCCGGGCCCGGUCCAGGCAGACCCAAAUCCAAAAACCUGCAGCCCAAAGUUCAGGAGUAUGAAUUCAGUGAAGACCCGCAGGACAUACCCCGCAACCCCAAAAACGAUGCUCCAAACAGAUUCUGGGCUUCAGUAGAGCCCUACUGCGCAGACAUCACCAACGAAGAGAUCAGAGUUCUUGAAGAGCUUCUUAAACCGCCUGACGAUGAAGCGGAGUACUACAAGAUUCCCGCUCUGGGGAAGCACUACUCUCAGCGCUGGGCACAAGAGGACCUGCUGGAAGAGCAGCGAGAGGGAGCGCGAGCCAACGAUAAGAAGAAAAGCAUGCUGGGUCCACUGUCCGAGAUCGACGCCAAGGACGUGGACGCCUUGCUGAAGAAGUCUGAAUCCCAGCACGAGCCUCCGGAGGACGGCUGCCCGUUCGGACCCCUCACACAGCGCCUGCUGCAAGCUCUGGUGGAGGAGAAUAUCAUAUCCCCUAUGGAGGAUUCCCCCAUUCCAGACAUUCCAGUGAAGGAUGAUGGAGCCGGGACGUCGCCUCGCAGCCAGGGGAAAGCUUUCAGCGUUCCCCACACACGCUCUCUGGAGGCCCGGAUCAGGGAAGAGCUGGUGGCUCAGGGUCUGUUGGACUCAGAGGAGAGACUGGGUACAGGCGGAGACUCUGAGGACGAGGUGCUGGCCGAGCUCCAAAAGAGACAGGCCGAGCUCAAAGCUCUGAGCGCUCACAACCGAGCACGAAAGCAAGAGCUGCUUCGAUUAGCGCGGGAGGAGAUGAGGAAGCAGGAGCUGCGGCAGUGCGUCCGAGUGGCCGACAACGAGGUGAUGGAGGCUUUCCGGCGUAUCAUGGCCGCCAGGCAAAAGAAGCGCACUCCGACCAAGAAAGAAAAGGAUCAGGCAUGGAAGGCGCUGAAAGAGAGGGAGAGAAUCCUCAAGCAGCUGGACGGAUAAAGGAGGAGGCCGUGAACUUGAUCGCGUUUAGCGUAGAGUCACGGGGACCACAGUUUUCAAACAAAACAGGUCUAACGUCAAGGGCUGGUUCUAGACUAAUCCUAGCACCAUGUAGAUGUAGCUCUAAUAACCCUUUUCCACCAAGACAGCGAUGGAUUAGGAGACGAAUUAUGAAAUAAAAAUGAGGUUGUUUUUUUUGGCUGAUGGAUUGAGGUGUAGAAUUUUUCUUAUUAGGCUGGCUUUGACGAAAUAUUUUACCAUCCAUAGUCAAAACCUUCCGUAUCACUCUGUCUGUCACAGAUUAUUUCUUCCUCAGACGCAAGACCGUCGAUUUCUAUUUCUCUGCAGAAUUAAAUUCACGAAAUCAUUUGAAGACCAACAUUUCGUGGAAGUCAUCUACUAA